UAUACAGCCAUUAAUGUCUAAACCACCUGCAACAAAAGUGAAUACACCCUUAAGUGACCACACCCUACAUGUUCAAAUUGAGAACUGCUUGUCAUUUUCCCUCCAAAACUAGUUAGUGUUAUUAGGUCUCAGGUGAGCAUAGGGAGCAGGUGUGUUUUGUAGUAAAUGUUGUAGUAUGGCUCUCACACGCUCUCAUACUGGUCCCAGAAAGUUCCAACAUGGCACCUCAUGGCAAAGAACUCUCUGAGGAUCUUAAAAGACGAAUUGUUGCACUACAUGAAGAUCGCUAACACCCUAAAACUGAACUGCAGCACAGUGGCCAAGAUCAUUCAGCGUUUUUAAAAGAGCAGGGUUCACUCAGAACAAAGUUGGUCGUCUGAAGAAGAUGAGCACACUUUUUUUUUUCUGGUGUACCUGGAGGGAACCUCCUCCCUGUAUGUUGAUGUUGAUUUUCACUUCACAUAGCCUGUCCAUCCGCCCUGUACUGUUUUCCCUCCCUCUUUCUCUCUGAUCACUCUCUACUCCUCCAUCACGCCUCUCUCUCUCUCUCUCUCUCUCUCUCUUAUUUUUUUUCUCUUUCUCAACAUCUCUGUGUAAUCAUCCCGCAGCGCGUGAGAGGAGCAGCAGAGCAGAGUGGCUCCAGCACCAACAGCAUCUCCACCAUCUCCCAAAUCUCCACCACCUCCAACAUCUCCAACAUCUCCACCUCCAGCAGCCCGGCGGCGGCAGCAGCGCGUCUCCUCCGCCCGGCUCUCCGGCUGAUGCGCGCGGCUGAGGGGGAUGCCAGCCGGCCGGGUCCCGCCUCUCGCUCUCCCGUUAGAUAAUAUAAUGCGCGCGCGGCGGCUAUAUAAACACUAGCGCGCGAGAGAUGAUGAGCAGUAGCGCGGGACUGGACGGCUGGGGUGACCGGAGUUUACUGAAGUGCUGAAGUGAGCGCGCGCGCGUGUCCCCGGCGGGACCUUCUGCAUGGGACAGGGUCUAGUGCGCGUGGACAGGGUCUCCAGAGCGCGCGCACGGUUAUCUGCGGUGUGAGAGAGUAAGAGAGUGAAUGAGAGAGUGAGAGAGAGUGUGUGUGAUUGAGUGAGAGAGAGUGAGCAGCUCGGUCAGUCACCCCGCGCCGCGGUCAUGGCGGAUCUCGGCGGCUUCCUGAGCUCCAUAGAUGUGGAUUUACAGAGCCUCCCGGGCCUCGGGAACAUCCCGCUGUCCGACUCCCCCGCCGGGCUGACGGAGCGGCUCGGGCUGAUCGAGGGGCGGCUCCAGCGCGGCUCCCUGCCGGACUUCGACCACCUGAAGGGCAUCCUGCGCCGCCGCCAGCUCUACUGCCGCACCGGCUUCCAGCUCGAGAUCUUCCCCAACGGAACCGUGCACGGGACCCGGCAGGAUCACAGCAGAUUCGGGAUCCUGGAGUUCAUCAGUCUGGCUGUGGGUCUGGUCAGCAUAAGAGGUGUAGAUGCUGGCCUUUACCUGGGAAUGAAUGAAAAAGGAGAGCUCUAUGGGUCGAAGAAGCUGACGGCUGAGUGUGUUUUCCGCGAGCAGUUUGAGGAGAACUGGUACAACACGUACGCCUCGACGCUCUACAAGCACGCCGACACAGAGAGGUACUACUACGUGGCUCUGAAUAAGGACGGCUCGCCUCGAGAGGGCGGGAGGACUAAAAAACAUCAGAAAUUGACUCAUUUCCUGCCCCGGCACGUGGAGAUCGAAAAGAUCCCGCCGGCUUACAGGGACCUGUUCCAGCACAGGUGACCAGAGCUCCAGCCUGUGCUGCAGACGGAGCAAAGAAGAAGAAGACGACGACGAUGAGGGGGAAGGAAGUGGUGACUGUAAGGAGGGGACGGACACCGGGAGGACUGACGGAGACCCUCCCUCUCGCUCUUCCCCUCACCACUGUUUAGAUUUGCCUUCUGGUCCAAAGCAAGGAGUCCCUCUCCAGCGGUGACUGAGAUAAACAGUACGUGUGUGUUCCUGGACGGCUCCGUUUCCUCUCCUUAAUGGGUUUUAAACCACAGAGCGGAGAGGACAUUCCUCCCGCCGUCGCCGGUGCCAAGAGGUGUUCGAGGGAGAGGUGUUGACUUCAGAUCCCCAUGACUGGACCGCCUCCGUGUCACGCAACGUCUCCGUCCUGAGACGGUCAGGAGCAUGCAUACGGUGCAUCUGCUAAAGUUCUCAAGGAUCCACUCGUGAUGGGAAUCGUACCACUUCUUUGACUCUGGCUUUAAGUUUUUCAAUUUUUUUAUCAUAGCGAUUUCUGUAGCACUUACGUACGUACAUUAUGUCUUAAGCAUGAUGGUCGGUGGAGCCUGCUUCUGUUCAUACAUUCAUUCAUUCAGUGGUUCAAUCAUUCAAUGGUUUGUUCAUUUAUUUGUUCUUUUAAGCAACCAGGUUGAAACUUGGACUUUCUUGGGAUUUUCUUUCCAUUUCUGACCAAAACAAGAGAGAAAAACUCAAUUGCAAUUGAUAAUCAAGUUGGAAGAUGGAAUUAUCUCCAUGAUAAGGGUCUUCACAAGCCAACACUUGCCUUCUAAAUAGAGUAGGCAUCAUGACUGUUAAGGGACAGUCACACUGUGUAUGGAGACUGACUGUAUGGAGAAAAAAAAGAUUUAGAGUACUUAUUCUAUAGUACUUACCCAUAGGAGACAUAAAAACUCAAUUGCAAUUGAUAAUCAGGUUGGAAGAUGGAUUUAUCUACGUAUUAAGUGUCUUCGCAAGCCAACAAAUCAUGACUGGUAAGGGACAGUCACACUGUAUGGAGAAAAAAGAAGAUUGAGUACUUAUACUAUAGUACUUACCUAUAGGAGACAAAGAGACAAGUCCAAGAAACAUGACUGGAUGGACAAAUAUGGUGCCUUCCUCCUUAACCCCUGAGAACAUCCCAGAACAUAAACUUUAACCACGCCAAGGGAGAUGUAGAGGCGAGAUUUUUUUUUUUAGGUCGAUCGAUGUACAUUUACGGACGCUUGAGAGAUGAGAGGUACUGCUAAGUAAUAAAACUGGCCAGCGAAGGCUGAAACAAUAACAACCACUAAUGAAAAAGCAAAGAAAAAGCUUUUUAAGGGAAAAGGCUUUAAGAGAAAGGCCUAAAAGACCACCAAAGAGGAAUACAGGAGACGCAAGAGACAUGAGAGAGAGAGCAGAGUGGAGGAGACGUCCAAUCUUCAGUGUGAAACACUGGGAGAUAAAUGAGCACUUAGCACCACUCGGUGAAUCCACUCCUCUCCUCUACUGUCCUCUUCUUUUGAAGGUUCUACAAAAGUUCUAGUCUGCCUUUUUUACAGGAAAAAAAAGAAAUGAAAGCACUCUCUGCAGAAAAUAAUAAAGAAUAUACAGGGGUUGAACAAUGAAACUGAAACACCUGGUUUUAGAGCACAGUAAUUGAUUGUGGUGACGGACAGUUCUGGUGGAAACAGGAGAGUUGAGGUGCACAUUGAAUUCUGCGUGAUUUGAUCAGUCGUGGUUUUAUGGUUUUUUGAUACAAUCCGGGUUAGCACCCGAACAUCCCUUUCAGACAGCUUCCUCUUACAGAGUCCACAGUUAAUCCUAUUGGAUGUAGUUGGUUGUUCUUGGUGGUAUGCUGACAUUACCCUGGAUACCGUGGCUCUUGAUGCAUCACAAAGACUUGCUGUCUUGGUCACAGAUGCUCCAGCAAGACGUGCACCAACAAUUUGUCCUCUUUUGAACUCUGGUAUGUCUCCCAUAAUGUUGUGUGCAUUGUAAUAUUUAGAGCAGAACUGUGCUCUUACCCUGCUAAUUGAACCUUCACACUCUGCUCUUACUGGUGCAAUGUGCAAUUAAUGAAGAUUGAACACCAGGCUGCUCCAAUUUAGACAUGAAACCUAAAAUCCCACACUAAAAUGAUGACAGGUGUUUCAGUUUCAUUGUCCAACCCCUGUAGGUGAUGUAUUCUUAUAUGAUGUUAAAACCAGGGAAAAGCUAAGGCUAAGGCAUACGCAGGAAUAGUAGUAGGAGUGUAGAGAAGAAUAAAAGUGUGGUUUGAUUGAUGAAAUGAUUGAUAAAAAGGAGUGACUUGUAAUGUUCAGGCUGUCAGGAACAUUAUUAAAAUGCAAGUGGCAGAUGUAAAUAUGGAUGAACCUAUUUAUAAGAUGUACAAUAUAUUUAUUUUCUACAUAUAAAGUAUAAUUCUAAAUCUCUCUAUAUAUAUAAAUAUAUUUAUUUAUUGCAAAGUCUUUAUUUUGUAAUGAACUUGAAAUUAUAAGAACUGUAAAUUCUACUGAAAUUACACAAAAAAAGGGCCAACAUCAAUUUGACCUGAAUGGAUGACAAUAAAAUUGUCCUGCUAUAUUA